GUGUGGAUGAACUGCGCAUGCGCAAGAGAGCUUCUUGUCGGAAGUCAAGUCGGAUUAAACCAAAGGCUUGACAUCAAACAACCGAACAUUAAAAAGAAUUAUGUCAGGAUUUCUGGACGGGAUCCGCUGCGGAGACUGCGAUUGCAAUGUGGACUGGGGAGAGAGAAGAAAUAGCAUCGCAUCCAUAGCUGCUGGAGUUCUGUUUUUCACAGGAUGGUGGAUCAUCAUCGAUGCUGCAGUAAAAUAUCCCUCUGAGGGAGAGUUUCAUCAUGCCUAUCACACAUGUGGAGUUAUAGCCACAAUCGCCUUUCUCAUGAUAAAUGCUGUGUCUAAUGGCCAAGUGAGGGGAGACAGCUACAGUGAAGGAUGCCUUGGACAAACAGGGGCUCGAGUUUGGCUCUUCAUUGGCUUCAUGCUGGCUUUCGGCUCCCUCAUUGCUUCCAUGUGGAUUCUCUUCGGAGGGUUCGUAGUGCCUAAGAAGGACACUGUGUAUCCUGGUAUUGCCAUAUUUUUCCAAAAUGCGUUCAUUUUCUUCGGAGGUUUGGUCUUCAAGUUUGGGCGCACCGAGGAUCUCUGGCAGUAGAAGUCUGGCUUUCUGUCUGGUGUUAAACACUCUGCUUUCUUAAUGUAUGAAACAAUAUUGCUUCAGCUGUCAUUCAUUUAAAUUUAAACCCUUUUUUCCCUUUUACAUCAGAUUGUGUAAUUUAUGUUUUCUGUUGUAGCUAAAUCAUAACUAAGCACAAAGUUUCCUGUAUUCAUGUAAAUGUUAAACACUUUCGAAUGUGGCACAUCUAUAAAUGUGUGUUUGCACUCAGACUGUAUCCAUGUUCUUUUAGUGGUUUACAGGUUGUGUUACCAAAAUGUACAUAGUGGAGCUUGGGUCAGACUUCUUUAAUAAAACAUUCUUUAAUUUGAA